GCCGCUGGCUCUGCUUCAGUCGGAUAUCUCGCACCACUCCGUCUUUGGCUGGAUAGAACUUCCUGGUUGUCCCUGCUGGGAGUGGCCGCGGGACGUUAACACCGUGUGACUUUCCGCAGUUUACCGCUCGGUUCGGAUUCAGGGCCGGAGUCCAAAGCGGACAGGACACUUUGGGGCAAUGAGGAUAACUUAUUCCUGGAGGUUAGUUAAGUUACUCACCGUUUCAGCUGUGCUCGUCCUGUCCGCUCUCGUCUUAGUGGGUAAACAUCCGCCAAAGCCCAGCCCCCUCCCUGUGGAGGACCACAGGCUCAUAUCUCCUCAGACAUACCAUUAUAUCCUCAACCAGCCUGCUGUCUGCCAGGACACAAGCCCCUUCCUGGUUUUUAUGGUCCCUGUUGCCCCUGUGGAGUCUGCAGCAAGGGAGGCCAUCAGGAAAACAUGGGGGGCUCCAGGUCAGAACACCCUCACUCUGUUCUAUGUGGGGCUCCCAGAGGGGGGCCAGGUGUCCAGCGUCCAGGACAAGCUGGUGGAGGAGAGCAGGAGACAUGCAGAUAUUGUCCAAAUGGACUUUCAGGACAGUUACCAGAACCUGACUCUCAAGACCUUGAUGAUGAUGAACUGGCUAGCGACCCACUGUCCAAACGCCUCCUACGCCAUGAAGGUGGAUGCUGACAUCUUUGUAAAUGUGUUCUACCUCCUGAGUCAACUGAGGAGCUCCCCCCGGCAGGGCUUCAUCACGGGGUCCGUGAUAAGGGACGGCAUCCCGAGGAGGGACAGUAACAGCAAAUGGCACUUGUCAGAGGAGCAGUACCCCGAGGACACCUUCCCCCCGUAUGUGUCCGGAGCAGGGUACGUCUUCUCUGCAGACUUGGCCGCCAGGAUCUCCUGGGCGUCCAGUUUUGUCCGGGCAAUCCCCCUGGAGGACGUCUACAUGGGGCUGUGUCUGCGUGUGCUGGGCAUCCGACCGGUGUACUCCUACAGCCUGCUGACCCUCAGGAAUCUGUUUGCAAUCAGAAACUUGGAGUACAACAGGUGCACUUUUGCCAAACUGAUCAUCGUCAACCAGUUUAAACCGUCACAGCUGAUGGACAUUUGGCAAGACUUCUCCAAAGGCCAUACCAGCUGUUGAGAGCUAACACUGCUGUCAAAUAAUCAAAUAAGCAGCCUUUUGUAAAGGAAAGAAAGCCAUUAGGCACACAGCUCUAGGGGUGGGGGGUUGUAGUUGUGUUUGCAAACAUAUCUAUUAAUUAUCAGGGAAUUUAACAAAUGGGUCACUACAGUACACUACAUAAAAAAGAAUGUAGCCCUUUAGUCAAUUAGUCUAAUCAGCUAAUAUUUAAUUUUAAUUUUAAUUGACAAGAAUGACAAGACCAUUUUCACAGAGGACAUUUUGACAGAAAAUGUCUGAAUUCCAUUUAGCUGCUUCAGUUUCAGGGUCCUGGUGUGCUGUUUGGCUGUAUAGAACAGAGCUAGUGUUAUUAGUGACACGUGUCAAGAAAAAACAAAUUUCUGCUACACAAAUUAGAUUUUUCUUUCUCUAAUUAUUCUAAUCUUUUUUCCUUAAAGAAAAUAAAAUAAAUACUGGUAACUCUUGAAUCACAAAUUGUAGACAUAUACAACCUGUUACAGCCUUGUUUUUAAGGAACACAAGCCAAAAAUGGCAGGAAUCAAGUCCAUCCUCAAGACUGUUGGUUGGAUAAAACAUGCGAGUCGUAGCCAGCCAUAGGCUCUGGCUAAGUGUAGGCAUUAAAGCUACUUCACCCAAUUUCAUCGCAAAUAAAUACGUUUUUUUUUACAAAUUGUUUUGAAAAGCUGCUGUAAAAUCAGGAAUUUUAUGCCACAACAAUCCUAUAGGGACUGAUAAGUAAUCACAAACAAAGUGCUUUACAGAGACAAUAUACAGCAAUCAAGAAGGGAGGCAAAGUACAUAAUGAAAUACAAACACAAUAAAAAUACACAAUAAAUCCAUAAAGUGCAGACAUGGUGCAUACAGGUUACCCAAACACCUGUCUAAGCAGGUAAUUCUAAGGGGACAUGCUGCUUGUUUUGUGUGACCAACAGUCCAGAACCCAAAUGUAUUCAGGUUACAAUUAUACCAGUAACACCAAAGACCACAUGGCCUCUUUGUCUAUUCUGUUGUGUUAUAGUCUGUGCUAUAGAAAUGAAGUCAUUACUUACAUGAGACAACACAGAGAAACAGGAAGUAGCAUUUUUGAUUGAAAGAAGCUGUCAGUUGCAGCCUUUAAAGAAUGUAUCUGUUCAGGAAGCAAUGCGCCUUUAGAUAUUUAUUGCAGGCCUUUCGAAGUGCUUAAACUUCUCUAUCCAAAGUGCUGGAACCGCCCUAACUGCUGUAGCUCUGCCCUACAGGUAGCUACAUGACAUAAUGUACUCUCAGAAUCUGCAGUUUACACCAAAGACUAUUUGAAAAUAGAUCAGUUUUACUGCCAUUGCACUUAUUGUUCAGUUAGUGCCUGAUGGGUUUGUGGUGCACAUGUGCAGGAAGUUACAUGGAACCACAUUACCCAGCAUUUAGUUAAAAUAUUAUGGUCUGUUUGCUGCAUUGCACUGCUACUAUAUGCUACACAGAGCUUUGCAUAAUGUAGACCUGUAGAAUAGCCUGCAGCUUAUUGGUUAAGUUAGUGUGCCUCUUUAUCUACUUUGUAGUUUUCAGUUGGGCUCCUCCUGGUGCUCCUAAUGGUAUUUGUAAGAAUCUACCGGGCCUGAAUGAAAACAACCAAUCAGAGCCUUGAAACAGUUGACUGUUGAGUCUCAUUCCCAGGACAUCAAAUACAGACAUUUUGGGUCCCUGGGAAUGAGACUCAGCAUCAGCUAUCUUCAAGCUUCCAACCCAAAGUAACUAUGUCUUUUUCUCAGCUCUGAUUGGUUGUUUUAAUCUAGUGCAUCUUCGGUAGACUUGUAGUAAAUGCAAAUCCAAAUAAGUAUUUUAAAUCAAACAGGCCAUAAUAAGUUUAUGUUUGUUGUAGUUGCAUAUGGCCACCAGCUGGUGGCAGUAUGUGCCAGCAGAUGACAUGUACUGAAGGCUACACUUAAUAUAUUGCUGUUGAUUCAGUGCCUAAUGCAGAUAGACUAUGGCCUUUAGAAAGUGAUUACAGUAUGUCCCAGUAUGACCAAAUAUACAGUGUGUCAGUUCAUUGUAAUUAUAAUUGUGUAGAAAGUUUAAUUCAGUAAUUGUAGAAAAUGUUUCAUCACUGUUUUACUAUUUGCACUUCUGCUGCCUUGGUAUGACAGUUUUAGUGAACCUUGCUUGGGUGAAAUGUUGUUCCUGUCCACACAAAAUAAAAGUCUUGUGCAAAUAUUAAA